CACCAAACCUGGACUGGCGCAUGCUUGGAUGGGAAAAUGCCCCUCGAAAAAUUUCAACCACAUUGUCCGCCCUGAGGAUAUGGAGGACAAUAGGCCACCCCUUGAUCAAUUGACAAGGUAGAAAAUCACCACCAAGUAAAAAUCUGCGUGCAUUCAAUUCAGUGCCAUUCCACUUUGCCUCCUCUCUCGCCCCAGCUGUCGUUUCUUGCUUUUCUCUCCCCCCCCCCCCCCCCCCUUUUCCAACCUUCCCUUCUCAAGGCCCCCUAACAGAUCCUGGGCAAGACCACGCAUGCGGAUCACCAAUCUUCUCAAGAUGGCCAAACGAAAUGUGCUGGAAGGCGUCUUCGCCAUCAACAAGCCGAUUGGCAUAAGCUCGGCGCAGGCCAUCCGUGACUGCCAAAAUCACUUCGACCCCUCGGGCAUAUUCGCACCACUUCUGGAACAAGAAAGGGGCCUCAGGGCCAGGGAAGCAAAGACCCAGCAUAAACGGCGGAGCAAAGCCAAGAGGGAGCUUCACGUGAAAAUGGGCCACGGUGGAACCCUCGACCCUCUGGCCACAGGAGUCCUGGUCCUGGGCGUCGGCAAGGGCACGAAGUCGCUACAGAACUUCCUCGGCUGCACUAAGACGUAUGAGGCUGUGGUGCUCUUCGGCGCCAGUACCGAUACCUACGAUCGCGUUGGUCGAAUCAUCAAGAAGGGUCGUUACGAUGAGAUCACCGAGCCAAUGGUCGAGAAGGCUCUUGAGAGUUUCAGGGGGAAGUUCAAGCAGAUGCCUCCUCUGUACUCGGCGCUGAAGAUGGAAGGAAAGCCACUCUACGAGUACGCCCGGGAGGGCAGGCCGAUUCCUAGGGAGAUCGAGACCAGGGACGUCAACGUACUCGAGCUUGAUCUCGUUGAGUGGUAUGAGCCGGGGACUCACGACCACCGGUGGCCAGCAGUAGAGGCACAAGAGACGGAGAAGAACUUUGCCACUUCCGUUUGGCGGGUUGCGAAGCGGCAAGCCUUGUCGGAGGAGGAGCCGCAGAAACUCACCCCCGAUCAGGAGGAACAAGAAACCAAGGCGCUGGCAGAGUGGGAGACCAACAAGCGGAAAGCUGAGGCCCGAGUCGACGGUCUGGUGUAUGACGAGGGACACUCGCCUAAAAGGCGAAAAAUGAACCGGCCUGCUCCGAUGAUGUCGGGUGCGUUGGGAGAGCUGCCGCCAACGCCUUCUCGCAAGGGUGCUAACCUGCUCCCACCCGAGGCAGCACCCAACACCCCUCCGCCUUGGGAAGGCAAGGGCCCGCCAGCUGCCAAGAUCCGCAUGACCGUCACGUCUGGUUUCUACGUGCGCAGCCUAUGCCACGAUCUGGGGGAGAAGCUGCAGUGCGGUGCAAUGAUGGCCGAACUCUGCCGUUCCAGACAGGGAGAGUUCAUCUUGGGCAGCCGAAACUGCCUGGAAUACGACGAUCUUGCCAAGGGAGAGGAGGUGUGGGGCCCAAAAGUGGAGGAGAUGCUGGGUCUGUGGAUGAACAAGGGCAGUGGUCCGCCUGCUGCAGAAGGCGUAUCAGAGUCUCCAGGCUCUAAAAAGGUUGCUGGGAGAAAGAGCCCCAGCCCUGAGGGUCGGAAAGAGGGUGCCUCGCCAAGUUCGCCGAAGAAACAACAGGUUGAAGAGCCAGCAGCAGUAGCAGAGCAACCAGCCGUCACCAACUCAUCAGAAAAGGCCGAAAUCAUACAAGAGGAAGGAGAUGUGCUUCAGGGGCAACCCGCCCAGCCGGUGCCAGAGGAAAGCCAAAACACGGACACGGUCAAUGGAUACUGCUGAGGAGGAGUGGAAUGGCAUCGAUGAUGUGGAGCCAUCGACAGAGGAUCUCCAAAAGGAAGUCACGGCCAAGGAGGCAUAGAUGGCGCGUGCGUAGCAUCCAUGUUACUUCAGUUCCAUGGCAGACAACUUGCGGUCAUAACAGCAUAGCGAAAGAAGCGGAGAAGGGAAUACUUUCCCAUAGAUGACGCAUUUUCAUAGAUACAGUUCAGAGCAAUCUGCCAUUCAAUUAUCACUCGUCAACCAA